CUCAAAAUAAAUACUGCAGUGAUUAGGAAAUGUAGAAAUGUUUCUUAGAGGAUUUGCAAGACUUUAACACCCGUCUUUGAGACAGUUCGCCUUUGAAAACAACCUCUGGGCUUGCAUUGUGCUCCUUCUUAAAGUUUACAUCGAUAGAUAUGGCAGGCAAAAGUCUCUUUCGUGAUGAUGUUCCCGAAGUCGUGAUCAAGAGCAUUUUCAGAAAAUAUAACACAGAUAACAGUGGAUGCUUAGAGAAAGCCGAGAUUUUAGCGAUGCUGCGAGACAUGGGAUUGGACGAGAAACAGGCAGAAGUUUGUUUUAUGCUAGUCGAUAAAGACGGAAAUAUGAGCGUCUCUCUUACAGAGCUUUUACUGUGGUUCCGUGCCGGUGAAGGUUUCAAAGUGAUUGACGAUAGAAACCGAUACGCGUACGUCCGAAGAGUUGCCGACGAAUUUAUAAAGUACGAUAGAAACGCGAGCGGAGUGAUUGACAGAGAAGAGUUUCGAGCUUUGUUGGCUUCCGGAAGCAAGGAGUGGAACCAAUGCAGCGAGGAGCAGAUCGUGAUCGCUCUUAAAAGUGUGGACAAAGAUGGCAAUGGAACUGUCUCCUUCUCUGAAUUUUUGGCUUGGAUGGACAGGGCAAAUGCAAAUAAAUGUAGAAAAUGACCGUUUUGAUCGGGAAGCGAAAACAGCCUCUUGAUAUUUCUUCUUUAAAUUUUUUGAAAGCGGUGUUGAAAAUGACUUUUUGAUCGAAAAAAUUUUCAAACAGGAAGUUUGCCAAUGCUUUGAGCUGAGUUAUAGUACAUUUCCAUGGCAUUUCUUUUUAGGGUUUAUACAGAUAUAGAGGUGACCUCCAGUUAUCAUUAAGUUAAAUUGUCUCAUAUUUAUGCUGAUUGAAAACUUUGCCAAUUUAUACUAGAAAAAAAAAAAA